GUAAAAUACCUAAUAGUUCCAUAGUGUGACCCCAUCCACUUCCAGAUGUCAUGCGCAAACGUUAUCAGUACAUUACUUGACCCGACUAUCACAACUGUCUUGCGUUCCAAGAAGACAACGCGUACCUAUGUGUCAACAACUCAUAACUUUAUAACUAUGGUUUCGAAACUUUUUCCUUUUCACAAAACCCUCUGUUUUAUGUGCCAGUGGUAAUAGUUGUGCGUUUUUAAUUAAAGCUGAACAAAUAUAAAAUAUAUAAUAAUGAAGAUUUUAAUAGUGUUGAACUUGGUGUGUCUUGCUUCGCAGUUUGUUACCGGUGAAGAUUUAACAUCAGACGAAAUAGCGGAUAUCACAGAGAUAUGCUGCAAGCACGGGGAAACCUAUGCGGUUGCUUCGACCACAAAGUCCUGCACCAGCAUGGAUGUGCCAGAUGACAUUGAGCCGGAAGAGACAGAAGUUUGUCUGUCUGCUGGGAAGAAGUGUUGCCAGAAUCAGAUGAAGCAGAAAGAAGAAUGCGCUACCGGCAUGACGCUGGCUCUCCUCAAACGUUGCAUGUCACCAAACAGCGAUAUUGGAAAGUCGUGUUGUGACGAAUGCACGUUUGGACGGAUGGCCGGCGAGUCGCAAGGCACAGGUGGCUGUGGCAGCUUGUCGGAAGACUACUUUAGUCCCAGCGCUGCGCUGAGGCAGAGGGCAUAUUACCAGUGCUGCAUGGAUGCUGUAGAAAUAGAAACCACAACAAAACAGAAACCAGAAACAACGACUACAGAGAAGCCGAAAGAGAAAUGUAAGGCGAAUUCUUGUGACCAUAUUUGUACCGAGGAAUAUGGCAGGGUUAGAUGCGAGUGUCGGAAUGGCUUUAGACUGCAGGCAGAUAAAAAAUCUUGUAAAGAUAUAAAUGAAUGUGCAGAAUCCUUAGACGAUCUAUGCACAGCGACGGACACUGUAUGUCACAACACGGAGGGAUCGUUCAAAUGUGUUCCACUCAAAAAGAGGGACGUCAGCCUCAGCUGCCCACCUGGAUUUAAGCGGAACGUGAUUAAUCAAGUCUGUGAUGAUAUUAAUGAAUGCCGUUCACCCAGGCCUCCAUGUCCGAAGUAUCUUUGCGAGAAUACUAUAGGUGGCUACAAAUGCGGUGGCAAGCCAGGCAAGCCGUAUACUGAAGAUGAUGGUGCAUCCACCACGGAACCCAGUGACCCUGUCCCGACUGUCAAAAAUGAAAUUUGUCCUCCGGGCUUCCGAGCUGGAUCUGACGACGAAUGUCUUGACAUCGACGAGUGCGAAGAACGGUUGGACGACUGCCAGCGACUGUCACAGCACUGCAUCAACACGCAUGGCAAUUAUUUCUGUCAGGAUCACGUCUCUAAGCGAUGCUCGCCCGGCUUCAAGGUCAAUGUAGCUACCGGGAUUUGCGAAGAUAUUGAUGAGUGUGAGGAGAGUUCAGAAGUUUGCAAGCGGAACGAAGUGUGCAUAAAUCUUCCAGGAGCUUACAACUGCAAGUCCAAGAUUAGCACUUUACCUAAAUUAGCCACAAAGAAGUGUCAAGAAGGCACCCGUGUUAGACCAGGGGGCACUAUUUGUGAAGAUAUCGACGAGUGUCGUGAAGGCAGUCACUUGUGCGAUCGUUUCCAGAACUGCAUAAACACUUUUGGAGGGCACGAGUGUCGAUGCAAAAACGGUUUUGAAUUAGAUUCCACAUCCGCUUCUUGUGUUGAUGUUGAUGAAUGUGCUAUGAAGCUGGAUAACUGUGCAGCUGGACUACAAUGUCUCAACGUGUUGGGCUCAUUCACUUGCACGAGAACUAUAUCCAGUAGCACCACAUCCACUACCACUGAAUCAGCUUACGAAUAUGUAUACUAUGACUCUGGUGAGGAUGAGAACACAGUAGUCCCAGUGCCAUCAACUACACCAACAACCUCUACAUCAACAACGUCAACUACAACGACUACUACACCGAAACCAACCACCAGUACAACAACUCGUAGACCUAGAUAUCCCACCCCCCGAUAUCCUUACUUCAGGCCAACAUAUCGACCAAGAACAACGACAACUACAACUCCAGCACCACCUAGACCAACAUAUCCAGAAUAUACAAGAAGACCUGUACCAGGUACUUUCACAGAAGUAACAAAUACUACAGAAUCAAAUAUUACGCCAUAUCGACCAAGAACAACUUCAACUCCAGCACCAUCUAGACCAUAUCCAGAAUAUCCAAGAAGGCCAGUAGCGGGUACUUUAGCGGAAGUGACAACAACUACACUAUCAAGUAUUCCGGAUAGAGGAAACGGAUUUGACAAUGAUAUUGAUUUUGAUCCGAACGAGCUCCACUGCUUGAAUGGAUAUGAAAGAAAUGAACGCGGGGAGUGUGUUGAUGUGAACGAGUGCAAUGAAAACAGACAUAUUUGUGGAUCAUUGGAAGUGUGUAAAAACAGGGCUGGAGGCUAUGAAUGUGAUUGUAUGCCGGGUUUCACGAGAGAUUCGUCCGGUUGGUGCGUGGUAGUCACUACUUCUACCACUCCAAGGCCUACGACUACGUCUACAACUCCGAGACCUACAACUUCCAGGCCUACAACUCCUAGAACUACAACGCCUAGACCAACACCCAAAGCUACAACUCCUACAACUCCUCGAGUUACGUCUACAGAAGUUACAACUGCGGCAUCCACUACACCAGGAUGGUGGCAUCAUCCAGAUCGUGGCCACUAUAGUCCACCAUCUAACUGUGAACUUGGGUAUAUUUACAGCCAAAGCCGCAGAAAAUGUAUUGAUAUUGACGAGUGUGCCACGAUGAGAGCCAACUGCGCGCCAACCGAAGACUGUGUCAACACGAUAGGAGGAUAUCGCUGCGUGUGCGGCCAGCGGUGUCGCGACGCGGUCACACCAACUCACCCAUACUACGAGCCCACACCACCGUCCGUGAGUCCAGACUCCACAGUAAUCACGGUGGGCGCGCAGUAUGGGCAGGCUGGACCCCGGUACUUGAGACCCACGUAUACCCGACUACAGGACUCUGGGGCCAUCGUCACCACCUGCCCUUGGGGAUACAAGCUUACUCCCGAGAGAAUUUGCUUAGAUAUCGACGAAUGUGAACGCAACGUUUCCGAGUGUGGCGCGCAGCAGCGUUGUGAGAACUUCUACGGCGGCUUUUCGUGCCAGUGCCCGGCCGGCCACAGGAACAUCGGCAAGAACUGCGAAGAUAUCGACGAGUGUAGCUAUGGAAAUACGUGUUCAUACAACGCGCGGUGCGUGAACACAGUCGGAUCGUUCAAAUGCGAGUGCUCGGAGGGUUUCCGCAACGCGCCUUCCAACGACAAGGUGUGCGUCGACGUGGACGAAUGUGCGGAGACGCCGACUCUGUGUGAGCAGAAGUGCGCCAAUGCCUGGGGAGGGUAUCGCUGCUACUGCGACAAAGGAUACAGACUCCGCAACGAUAGCAGAACAUGUGUUGACAUAGAUGAAUGCGAGGAGUUCAGCCGCACUCGGUCCCGCGGUCGGCUGUGCGGCGGCCGCUGCGUCAACGUGGCCGGCUCCUACCGCUGCUCGUGCCCCGCUGGGUACCGGCUCGCUGACGAUAAGCGGACUUGUAUAGGUAAGUGUGAGGAGCUCAGCCGCACUCGGUCCCGCGGUCGGCUGUGCGGCGGCCGCUGCGUCAACGUGGCCGGCUCCUACCGCUGCUCGUGCCCCGCUGGGUACCGGCUCGCUGACGAUAAGCGGACUUGUAUAGAUAUCGACGAGUGUGAAAACGGCGAAGCGAAGUGCGGCCAAGAGGAGGGCCAGGUGUGUCAGAACACGCAGGGAGGGUACCACUGCCACCGCAUCGACUGCCCACGAGGAUACAGACUUGAGGGAAAACACAAGUGCACGCGCAUCCAGCGCUCGUGUCCAGUGUCGGACUGGUCGUGCCUGCACCAGCCCAGCGCCUACAGUUACAACUUCAUCACCUUUGUGUCUCAUAUCUUCUUGCCUGCAGGCAGUGUAGACCUUUUCUCAAUGCAAGGUCCGGCGUGGCGCGACUCAGUGGUGCACUUCGAGAUGAAGAUGCUGAGCGUGCAGGCCUCGCCCGGCGUCACGCCCGCAGACAUCAGCUGCUUUGGAAUGCGACCAACGGCGCACAUCUGUGUAGUAUCCCUGCAGUGCUCGCUCGAUGGUCCUCAAGUGGCGGAGCUCGAGCUCACCAUGUCGCUGUACCAGCGCUCGCUGUUCGCUGGCAGUGCUGUCGCCCGCCUCGUCGUCAUCGUCUCCGAAUAUGACUUCUAAACCAUCUUCAAUACUAGAAAUUGACUAUUAUGUAAAUUUCCAAUUAUCUUCAAAUCUAAACCUUGACGUUUCUGUAAUUUUUUACUGAACUCAAAUUUACGUAUUUAAACGAUUUGCUUCUUUCUGUAGGUAUGCAAUUAUGUAAUGAUUGAUUUAAUUUUGCAGGACAUUUGAUAUUAACAGCAAAAUAUGUACUUAAAGAAAUAUUCGGACUUAUCCAAAAACAAAAUUUAUUCUGUUCUGAUAUGCUGUACUGAAAAUUUACAAAACUACACAUCACUGUUUAAUGACAAUUUCGUCAUGUUUAAAGAAAUUUUGGUGUAGAUGUAUCUACUUCAAGUAGAUUUUAUGUAUGUAGUUCUAACAAAGAAAAUAAUGUACAAAGUACUUCCUAAGAAAUAGAUUUAGGCGUGCCUUUACUUCACCUUAAGUUUAACUUUCGAAAACAAUUGUUACGUUAACUAUUGUUUAAGAAUUUCAUGACUUAACAAUGUUAAUAAUAUUUAUUGUGAUGUUGAAAUAAAUUUUUACUCAUA